AAAAAACGACUUUGGCAGUUGGCGCUUUAUUUGUUUUUUGUUGUAAACAAAAAUCAAACUACAAAUCACAAAAAUAAAUUGAAAAGAUGGAAAAUGGAUUAAAAUUAAAAGAAUUUCAAGUGCAAUCGGUAGAACCAACAGCAUAUUAUAUACCUGAUUUUGUAACAGUCGAUGAAGAAAAGAACUUGUUAUCAAAGCUAUAUGAAGUUCCAAAACCAAAAUGGACCCAACUAUCCAACAGAAGGUUGCAAAAUUGGGGUGGUAUACCCCACAAAAAUGGAAUGAUAGCUGAGCAAAUACCAGAUUGGUUGGAAUGUUACCUGCAGAGAGUACACAGCCUUGAUGUGAUGGGCAGCAAUAAACCAAACCAUGUUUUAGUAAAUGAGUACAAGCCACAACAAGGGAUACUGCCCCACUUGGAUGGAUCACUGUUCUAUCCAACCAUUGUCACUAUCUCUCUUGCAUCACAUAUUGUUUUGAACUUUUUUGAACCUGAUAAUGAUGAUUCAAGAUUAAAACUGGUAUUUUCUUUUUUAUUAGAACCAAGAAGUCUGCUUGUGUUGCAAGAUAAAUUGUUUGAGCAUUACCUGCAUGGUAUUGCUGAAGUUGGUUCUGACUUAAUUGAUGAUAAUUUAAUGAAUCUGAGUUUAUGUUCCGAUAAAUAUGUGAAAGGUUUGACUGUAAGCCGUGAUACAAGAGUAUCAUUAACAAUAAGACAUGUGCCAAAAACUACUGCAUUUAAAAUAAAUAUUGGUAAAAGAUAGCACUUAAUAGAAAUAUAUUACUUAAUUAAAUUGGUUAUUUAUUGUAAACAAUAAUGUUCUAUACAUAUAGACAUAUCACAUUCUAUAAAAACAAAGCCAAAGUAUGAAACAUGCUGUAAAUUACACCAUUAUAAGCUUCAAAUGCUAUCUAUACAUUGCAACAUUUACUCCAGCUGUUUAAAUGUUCUUGGUCAUUAAGCAGCAAUGUAAAAUAUAUAUAUUUAUUCAGUUGAGGUUACAUAAUGUGUAGAACCCGAUUCACACAGUGACAGUUGACACAGGACUAUGGAGAAAAGUUUGCUUACAUUGUCUUUAAGCACACAUAUACAAAUGAUUUAAGUUUUCUUUAGUGUUAAUUCCGCCAAUAUUUGUUUUUAAAACAAUUCAACAUGUGUUUUGCCUCUAUACAAGGCAUCCUCAGGACGUGUUGUCUUGCCAAAAUCUGGCACGAGACUCAAAAGUUGAGUCUAGUGGACUAAAGGAAACUUAAAUCAUUUGUAUAAUUAUGGAUUUCCGCAAAGUAACACCUAAUUCAAUAAUUUUUUUUUAAGCACACAUUUGCUGUUCCAUAAACAGACUUGUGUAUUUUGUUGCAUCAUUUUGCAUAUAUUGUAAUUGAAAUGAUUUGUAAAUUUAAUUGAAAAUACAAACCUGUAAUACCGUUCUGUUUUGAAAAGAGAAACCUUAGAGUUUCUUGCUUGUUCUUCUCUAAGGAAAUCUGCCUUCCAAACGAGCCAUAUGAAAAAUUGACAUAUUUCAAGUGUCAAAAUAUUUUUAUUUGACUGUCAAUGAUAAUAUGUCCUUAUAUGUGUAUAGAAUGUCAUUGAUUUUUGCUUUAUUGUUUAGAUAGUAGGAAGAAUAGAAUAGAAUCUAAACUGAGAGACAAACAAUAUUUGGCAUCCAAAUCAAAAGUCCAGUUAUUGACAUCAUUGGAACAAUUAUCUCAUGGCUAUUGCAGGGCCAUUGAGUCUUGUUUACCACUAUAUAUAUACACAAAUAAAAUUUGGAAAACAAAAUUUUAUGAACAAUGCGGGAUUCUAAUCCACAACCUCGGGCAUUCCGUGCCGGUGCUCUAACCAACUUAGCCAACCGUACGAGUCCCGCGUCGUUCAUAAAAUUUUUGUUUUUCAAAUUUUAUUUGUGUGUUAAUCCUAGAAGUGAGGGUUUUCACGUUAAAAACAUAUUGUUUACCACUAUAUAUGUUCUAUCUGUGUUAUGGAGUUCAUCCAAUAAUAUUUCUUUCUGGAUGCCAAUGUUUAAGUGGUUUGGUUGUGAAUAUCCCAAUUUAUUGAUGCAUCAUUGACUAUUACUGUUAACGGACUACAGCCAAGUUCUAAGUUAUAUGUACUGGCAAUCAUUAUGGGCUAUCGUGCCACAUCAUAAGAUGAGUUAUUUAAAAAAAAAAUGAGUAGCAUGUUUAAGUGAUAGUUACAUUACAUUAUUUUAUACAGAUAUAGCUAAUAUUAUUAUACUAUUUUAAAAA